UUGAGCGAGGAAUGUGAUCUGCCACGAUAUGUCUUUGCAGUGGGUUAACAUCUCUGCUUGUCUUCGCUCCCAAAAGCUUCUUCCUCCUCUUUCUCUUCGUCCUCACCGUCUUCGAUCUCUUCGUCCUUCUUCCUUCAACUCCGACAGGAGCGGAAGAAGGCGCGUCGGUCCACGCUGCGCCAUGGCGAUGGAAGGUGCCGCCGCGGCAGCAGUGGAUCAGGCGGAGGUCUCGAUGAAGCUCCUCUUCGUCGAGAUGGGCGUCGGUUACGACCAGCACGGGCAAGAUAUCACCGCCGCUGCGAUGCGCGCUUGCCGCGACGCCAUCUCUUCCAAUUCCAUCCCGGCUUUUCGAAGGGGGUCGAUUCCGGGUGUUAAUUCUGAUCAGAUGAAGCUCGUGAUCAGGUUAGGGGUGCCUCGAUCCACCCAGAAUUCGCUCGAUAUCGAAAGGAUCAAAUCCAUCUUCCCAUAUGGCGAAAUAAUCAAGGUGGAGGUUGUCGAUGGAGGGAUGAUUUGCUCGAGCGGCGUCUGCCUCGAAGCGAUGGGAGAUAAGAACGAAGAUUGCUACAUUGUGAAUGCUGCUGUGUACGUGGGCUACUGAAGUGAAAUUAAUCUUGAAGAUUACCUCAGAUUUGGCGAUCAUAAAUGCCGCUCUUGAAUCGAUUGUGUCUGGAACUGUGUUCUAUUCGCUGUUUGAUUUGAUUUGAUUUGCUGGAAGAUUGGAUUAGUUUAUCCUUUUUGUGGUA